CGACUUGAUCAAGCCCAAUCCAAGUGGGACUUACUGGACAGACUAGUAGGGGUUCACCGCGCCCCGUAAGACGGCUAUUCCAAGCCAGCAGUUGCCCCUUGACACACACUUCACUUCCGGCGCAUAGAACUGCGCUAAAGCAAAAGUCGACCAUGGAUUUCCGGCCGCUCCAAGGCCAAGAGAAGUUGCAGCGAGUCACUAAAUUACUGGACUCUCUCAAAACGGACCUCGAGGCGAAGUCUCUCACUUCGAAGGAACGCGUGCAGACACUCCUGGAGUUGAGGCAACACGGGACUAACCCCAAUCAUGCCUAUCCUAUCUACUCUAAAGAGGGGAUUGAAUUAUUAGCCAGAUAUGGUGUUGACGGGGAUUCCCCGGAUGUGCGACGUGCCGCUCUACGCUGCGUCGCGAAUGCCCUCCUCUUAGAUGGAUCGAUGCGCCAGCUUUUCGUGGACACAGGCUACGGAGGUAAAUUAGCUGAGAGGCUCAAGUGUGAUUCCUCAGAGGAUGAGAUGGUGAUCAGUCGGAUCCUGUUCCUGUCUACCUAUGACACCACUAUGGAUUUUGACAAUCUUAUCAGACACCACUCUCUGGGUGAAAAUGUCAACUAUCAAAUUGUCCGACACGCUAAACAAUUCCCCAAAUCCGGCAAAAAGUCUCUGUCGCAGAUGGACGAGUUGGCCCUUACUGAUACCUUGAAACUCAUCUUCAAUGUUUCAAAAAUUUAUUCUGAUCUGGCCGCGACAUUCUCGGCUUCGAUCCCUCACCUCUUCAAGAUGAUCAAUCGCAUCGAUAUCCCUCCAAAGCCUCUGGAAGGCCUCCUCAGCUAUCUCCUUAACUGCCUAUCCACUCUUGACUUGGAGAACAAGAAGGGCAAAGUCUUCGACAGUAGCCCUCUUUUCCCCACGUUCAAUCAGAACUGCAAUGUUGACAAGCUGAUCAACAUACUGGAUCAAGCCGUGUCCGCAUACGGUCCUGAUGAGCUGGAGACCAAGGCUAUACCCCUGUUCCAUACGCUCGUGGUCAUUCAUGAGAUGGCCCCAGACGGCCCCCGUAAAUAUAUGCAAUGGCUUCUCCUGCCCGAAGAAAAUGAUAGGAGCCGUCCCAUUGGACAAUCGGACACUCUCUCAUCGAAGUUACUCAAUCUGUCGACCACACCCUACCCUAAUCUGAAGACCGCUAUUUCCGAGCUUAUGUUUGUGCUCUCCGGCAAAGACGCCGAGAACCUUACGAAGAACAUCGGAUAUGGGUUCGCUGCUGGACUACUAGCUUCUCGCGGCAUGGAAAUUCCCAAGACGGCGGGCGAAGCAUUUGCAACAAACCCGAACGGUUUCGAUCCAGAAGUUAACCCUAUUACUGGCCAGAAGUGGGCCGCAGAGAAGAAGGACGAGGGCCCUCCUAUGACCAAGGAGGAGAAGGAAAGAGAGGCAGAGAGAUUAUUUGUGCUGUUUGAGCGAGCCAAGGCGAACGGCAUUCUCCAGGUGGAAAAUCCUGUCACGCGCGCCCUCCAUGAAGGGCGGUUUGAAGAGUUGCCCGACUCCGAUGAUAGUGACUAGAGACAAUCUUCUUCGUUUCCUUACAUUGCUUAUCCCUGUACCAUAGUCGAAUCUCUGUCCGCUGCCGAUAAGAGAUUUCAUUUCUUUGUUCGAUCCUGAUGACUUCAUACGUUCGGGAAUCAGUACGUUACACUUGCUUGGAUUGAAGUCUGUCCGUCGGAAGAGCAUUGAGAGGCGUUCGCGUUCGUCCUCCAUAUUCUGGAUCUUUCCAGUAUGAUCUAGCAUCGCUGUGGAUUGCUAUUCAAUUAAUAAGCGGCAAGAGGCAGAUUAGUUAGCCGGACAUGGCAUUUCUCAGACAGCGAGCAAUCUAGAUAGCAAAGUGAGUAGCUUCGCAGGCCGAAAUAGAUCAUUUUAUGUCGUAAAUAUCGUGCCAUUCAUGUACAUAAACCCGACCGUACAUACUCCAAAGUCUUGAAUGCGUAGUGUUUUCUUAGAGAUCUGUAAAUGACGUACGGGCCCGAAUCGCGAGCGGCGGGGUUGAAGGGCGGCGGCGCAAAAAUCUCUCCGCCUGCCGGAAAAAAGAGUUGGGCGCGGGGCAACUCACUUUUCGAUUUCUCCUCGACUACCCUGACUGUUAGCCAGCGAAUAGAACAUCUUUUCUACCUCUACGUUCUUCUUGUGAUAUUGUUUGCUUCUUGUGUUAUUAUUUAUCGCCCACACAACCGCCAAGAUGUCGAAGCCUUUUGAUCCAGAGACGGCGGAGAACUUUGAGGAUGUAUGUCGCCUUUG